CGCUCGGGUAACUCAGUCAGUUGGGCGCAAGCGAUCGGCGUGUGCGAGUGACACAUAUUGGGCGGAGUGAGUCGCCAGAGGAAAAAUCUCGUAACCGCCGUGGAAACUACAGCGACUUAAGUGGAUUAUUGACUAAAGAGUGAACACUGUUCUCCGUGGGCUUGUUACAGCAGUUGUUUUACCAGCUGACACCGGUCUUUUUUCAUCUGGGUGUUACUAAAAAGAUAGUAAUUUCGUCGCCAGUUGCACGGCAGCGGCGAUGCCCUUCCCCUGCACCACCCCCUCCGGCUCCAACAUGUCCACUCGGAACUACGACUUGGAGUACGACUUGAUCCAGCCUUAUUUCCUGGACAACGAAGAGGACUUCUACCACCAGCAGCAGAGCCACCUGCAGCUGCCCGCCCCCAGCGAGGACAUCUGGAAGAAGUUCGAGCUGCUGCCCACCCCGCCGCGGUCCCCGAGCCGCCGGCCGCCCCUCUCCCCGGGCGACUCCCCGUCCCGCUCUCCGUCGCCGACCCCCGGCGGCCCCUUCCCCUCCACAGCCGACCAGCUGGAGCUCGUCUCCGAGUUCCUGGGCGAUGACGCGGUGAAUCAGAGCUUCAUCUGCGACCCGGACUCGUCGCAGUCCUUCCUGCAGUCCUUCAUCAUCCAGGACUGCAUGUGGAGCGGCUUCUCCGCGGCCGCCAAGCUGGAGAAGGUGGUGUCGGAGCGGCUCGCCUCGCUGCAGGCGGCCCGCAGGGACCCGCCGGGCGGCUCGGAACCCCCCGUGCACCCGUACCUGCAGGACCUGCACACCCCGGCGCAGGAGUGCAUCGACCCCUCCGUGGUGUUCCCGUACCCGCUUGCCGAAAGCACGAAGGCCGAGAAGAACGCGCCCUGCCCCGCUCUGGAGCUCCACCUGGACACGCCGCCCAACAGCGGCAGCAGCAGCGGGAGCGACAGCGACUCCGAAGGUGAUGAAGAUGAUGAUGAUGAUGAGGAGGAGGAGGAAGAAGAAGAAGAAAUUGAUGUUGUGACUGUAGAGAAGAGAAGGUCUGUCAGAAGGUCAGAGUCCAGCAGGACAGUAACUGACAGGCAGCAUCAUAGCCCCCUGGUCCUGAAACGGUGCCACGUACCCAUUCAUCAGCACAACUACGCAGCCCCUCCAUCAACAAGGAGCGAGCAGCCGGCUGUCAAGCGGAUAAAGUUCGAAGGCACCGGCAGAGUGCUCAAACAGAUCAGCAACAACCGCAAGUGCACGAGUCCCAGGACAUCGGACACGGAGGACAACGACAAAAGGCGGACUCACAACGUUCUCGAGCGUCAGAGGAGGAAUGAGCUCAAGCUGAGCUUCUUUGCAUUGAGGGAUGAGAUUCCAGAGGUUGCGAACAAUGAGAAGGCUGCCAAGGUGCUCAUCCUGAAAAAAGCCACGGAGUGCAUCUACAGCAUGCAGUCAGAUGAGCAGAGACUCAUUUCCCUGAAAGAACAACUGAGGAGAAGAAGCGAACAUUUGAAAAACAGGCUUGAACAGCUGAGGAACUUACAUGUAUAAGGUUUUUUAUAAAACAAACAUUUUGUAGCCUUAAGGACUGUUGCCAUGUACAGUUAAUGCAUGCAAAUGCAACAAUUCAAAUUUGAGGUUCCCACCACACAACCUUUGUUGAAAUCUGGUCUUGAUUUCAACUUGUAAACUGCCUCAGUUGAACUUAAGGGAGUUAUGCGUUAGAUUUAUUUAAGUCAUUUAUUUUUAUUAAAUUGAUUAACAGUUAUGUAUGUGAUUUAAUAUUUGCUAAUGUAAAUGUAAAAUUUGAAUGAUUUUACAGUUUGCAAUGUUUUUGAAUCAAAUACAUUUGUUUAUUAAUCUUAA